GUUUGUGAAACGUGAAGUACUGCGGGGAAGUGAUGAUGUCCAUGUGUCAUACCCAUUGAGCAUUUAUAUGAGUAGGUCAUCCCACAUUGCGUUCCACCUCAUCAUACCGGGUUAUGAUUCUUCUCGUUAGACCACGCUAUAGUUUCAAAAAUUCCUUUACUUUUAAUUUUGGUGAACGGCCCCCUUUGGUUAGUGAUUAGUGCCCGUGACCUGGCUCCGUCACAGUGAAUUAAUAUCCAAGAAAAAAUGCCACAACGUACCUUCGAUAUUGAAUCCUACCCAGGAAACAUCGUGAACAACGAAUUCCUAAAGACCGCAUCUACCAGACAUGGAACCGACCCCGCCACCGGCGAGCCUUUGUACGAGGUGCCAGUUGCGACCAAAGACGACUUGGACACCGCAGUAAAGCACUCGCGCGCCGCUUUCAAGACAUGGUCCAACACACCCUUCGCAGAGCGCGCUGGCCUCUUGCUCAAAUUUGCCGACGCCAUUGAGAAUAACCGUGCGGAGAUCGAGAAGCUGCUGACGAUGGAGUCUGGCAAGCCGAUCAGCCUAUCGCGGACUGAACUCGAUCUGACCCUCACUUGGCUGCGCGCAUUCACGAAGAUGGAGCUAAAGGAUGAGGUUCUAGAGGACAACGACGAGAAGACGAUUUACUCGACACGCGUCCCGCUCGGUGUUUGCGCGGCCAUAGUCCCAUGGAACUGGCCGCUUCUCCUGGCUGCGGGUAAGAUUGGCCCGGCGCUGAUCACCGGCAACACCGUCAUCGUCAAGCCCUCGCCGUUUACCCCUUAUUGUGAUCUGAAACUUGGCGAGCUCGGCGUGUCGAUCUUCCCACCUGGCGUCGUUCAGGUCCUCAGCGGCAGUGAUGAUCUGGGGCCUUGGAUCACAGAGCACCCUGAUAUCAACAUGGUUUCCUUUACCGGGUCCAUUGCCACGGGCAAGCGCGUUGCGGCUAGUUGUGCAAAGACGCUCAAGCGAUACGUCCUGGAGUUGGGUGGCAAUGACGCGGCAAUUAUUUGCGACGAUGUGGAGAUCGAGAAAUGUCUGCCCAAGAUUACAACGUUGGCAUUCCUGAACUCCGGUCAGAUUUGCAUGGACAUCAAACGUCUCUACAUUCACGAGAAUAUCUAUGAUCAGUUCCGUGAUGCAAUGGUAGAGUUCGCCAAGAACAAUAUCAAAACUGGCGGGGGCUUUGAGGAUGGCGUCUUGGUAGGACCCCUUCAGAAUGCGAUGCAAUUUGCAUCGGCCAAAGAUAUAUACUCCGACGUCAAGAAGGAGGGGUGGAAAAUUGCGCUGGAUGGCAAUAUCCGCGAAUCAUCCAAGGGCUUCUUUGCUGAGCCGGUCAUCAUCGACAAUCCACCCGAGGACUCCCGCAUAGUGGUCGAGGAGCCCUUCGCGCCAAUCGUACCGCUUCUGAAGUGGUCCGACGAGGAUGAUGUCCUCGAGCGAGCCAACAACCUCGAGACGGGACUUGGUGCCUCGGUCUGGAGUAAGGACUUAAAGCGAGCCGAGCGGAUGGCGAGAAAGCUCAGUGCGGGCAGUGUCUGGGUGAACUCGCACUUUGACGUGGCGCCAAACGUGCCAUUCGGUGGCCACAAGGAAAGUGGUAUCGGUAUGGAGUGGGGCAUCGAAGGAUUGAAGAACUAUACAAACUCUAGGAGCUUGUGGGUGUGGAAGAAUGUAUUUCAAUAGGAUAAAGCAUCCCGGGGCUUCGUAAGCAGCUCAAGAUCACUUAUAGUGACAUAUUUCAGUGAGGUGAUAUGUUAAUGAUUCAGGUGGAUCUGGAGCAGGAAGACUGACAGUGCUGGGAAUUUGAUUACUGUAACUCAGUACUCUACAUAUAUUUUCAUCUCUUGGUAUUGAAAGUGACGUGUCCACUAUACUCACUCGCAAUUAAUCUCAUAUCUUAAACUUCCACAGGAC